AUGAACCUUGGUAGCUUAAAUUAAUUUCUAGACUUUGAUUGCAAAACUUAUGAAAAAAAAAUUCAAUAAGUUAGAAACAAUUCUGUGCCUAAUCCAAUUGAGAUUGCCAAAAAAAAGUAAAUUAAGUCAAAUCGAGCAAUAGAAUUAUUAACUUUAAGAGCUAAUAUUCAAAGAUAUAAUCAAUAAUUAUAGGCUGUAUUUCAAUCAAGAAAGAAAAAACCUAUUUAAAAAUCAUUGAUUGUUGAAAAACCUUAAACAGUUAAAAGACAUUAAUUAGCAUAAAUUUAAAUAAAAUCUCCUAAUUAUUUAGGUUUGUUUGAUAGAGGGAAAGUGUUUGAUGAUUCAAUUCCAGUUUCAAGGUAAUCAUUAAAAUAUAUUGUAAUUAGUUUAAAGUAGAAACAUCAUUUACUAAAAACUGUUAAUGAUGUAAAAUAAGAACAAAAUAAAGAUAAAAUGAAUUCUUUAAUUGAUUAAGCUUAUAUUAGAAUGUAGGAUGAAUUCAAUAAUCAUAGUCAAAGUAUAUAAUAAUUACAAUUAGCAAGAUCAUAGGAAAGAUAACAAUAUAUUACAAAAUAUGAAACUUAUAAUAGAGUACAAUAUAAUAAUGAAGAAAGCAGAGUUGAAGUUGAGAAUUAAGAAAAUAGUGAAGAUUCUUCUGCAGAAAUUAAAGGUAAUUUAUUAAAUUAAGAAUUAGUAUAAACGACUAGAAAAUUAAAAAAAACUUAACUGAAUGAAGCGAGAAAAAAAUGUGAUGCAAAAAAACUAAUUUAAUAAUUUCCAUAAAAGAGAUGGAGUAAAAUUAGAAAUCUUAGUUAUUCAUCACCUAAUGAAUGCAAGACUUAAAAUUAAUAGUUAGAACUUAACAGUAUUAAAUUUAUCGAAUAGAUAAUUGAAACCGGUAAAAAUAAAAAGAAAUAUACGGGUGACACUAUUGAUAAAUUAGAAAGGAUUGCCAAUUAGUUAUUAGAUUGA